AUGCUCACAGGCAUUCUGGAAUGGCCAACGCGGACCGAGGGUCGCGUGCGGAUUGAUGGCGCAGUCGCGAAGCACGAAGACGCUGAGAUCAAGGACGAUCCGUUCGUCCCUGUCCGCUUUGGCGAAGAACUCCCGUUGCGUGACGGCUUGCGCGUUGAGGUCGAGGUGGAGAUGAAGAAGCCUCGUCGACGCCGACGCGGGAAAAACCGUCGCGGGAGCAGCGGGCCGCGCGAGGCGCGUCCUGUGGUCGAGCGGUUCGUGAGCAUCGAGGGGAUGACUCCGGAGGAGUUUGCCAAUCGCAAGACCUUCGAUGACCUGACCUCGAUUGAUCCGGAGCCGAUCCUGAAUCUGGAGUAUCCGGGGUGUCCUCCGGCGUGUCGAUUGGUGGAUUUAUUCUGUCCGAUUGGGCGAGGACAGCGCGGGAUGAUCGUGUCUCCUCCAAAGGCGGGGAAGACGACGCUGCUCAAGGACAUCACGACGGGGAUUCUGAUCAAUCAUCCGGAUGUGAAGGUGAUCGCGCUGCUGAUCGAUGAGCGUCCGGAAGAGGUGACGGAUUUCACGCGUGCGUUCCUUGGGACUGUGGCGCAGCGUGAUGGGGACGCGGAGUGGGACAAGCCUUGGGCGAAGGAUCGGAUCGAGAUCAUCGCGUCGAGUAACGACCACGAUGUGAAACGGCAUAUCGAGAUCUCGAUGCAGACGCUCGAGAAGUGCAAGAUGAUGGUCGAGAACGGCGAGCACGUCGUCGUUGUGCUCGACUCGCUCACAAGACUCGGACGCGCAUUCAACCGAUCGGGCAAGCACGCAAACUCCGGACGCACGAUGUCGGGGGGGAUCGACUCCAAGGCGCUCGAUGUUCCCAAGAAAAUCUUCGGCGCGGCGCGCAACACGGAAGAGGGCGGCUCGCUCACGAUGAUCGCAACGUGUCUUGUGGACACAGGAUCGCAGGGGGAUCAGGUGAUCUUCGAAGAGUUCAAGGGGACGGGGAACAUGGAGCUGAUCCUGGAUCGGCGCAUCGCGGAGAAGCGGUUGUUCCCGGCGAUUAAUCUCGCGGCGAGCGGUACUCGCAAAGAGGACAAGCUGAUCGCGGCGGAGCCUUUGAAAACGAUCACGGCGCUGCGUCGUCGGAUGAUGAACAUGCCCCCUCCACAACAGGUUGAGCAGUUGCUCGCGGCGCUCGCUCGCUUUGAGACCAACGAGGAUCUGGAUCGUGGUGUGUCCGGCGGUGCCGGUCUUGCUGUGGAUGACAAGCGAGUUGAAAUGAUGGUGCCUCAGGAGUGGACGAUUGAGUUGCAGUGCCGAUCGAGUUUGGAUGCCGCGAUCCCGGCGUUUAAUCUGCCUCAGUUCUCGUCGCUCUCUUCGCAGUAUGUCUCGAUUGAUGACGACGGCGGGGUCGCGAUACGCGUGUUUCUUUCGGGGAAUCCGAGCGAGGGGAUCUUUUAUGGCAAGGACGGGGUUGGUGGGCUCGUCGUAACGGGAUUCAACGCGGAUCCGAUCUGGGGAACCACGGUCGAAGCGCGCGCUGGAUUGAUCGCGGCGGAGCAAGGUUCAUUCGAUGACGGCGCGUGGCUCUACGACACCAAAGGGAAUCUGGUGCAGACAUUCAACGCUGGUGGGAGCGAGGGUGUGUCUGGAUUCUCAGGGGUCACAGUGACGAGCGACGGUGCGAUCUGCUAUCGAGGGGACUUCGGAUUCACGAGCGACAAGAUCGUGAUCGAUGAGUUUGUCCCGAUGCGGACUCAGACUCUGGUCGCACAAACAGGCGCCGAGUACUCAUUCCUGCUGGCGCCUGAGAUCAAUGAUGCGCGUCAGGUGGUGUUUAACUCGAUCCCGACGAGCGGUCCUUCACGCCGGAUCGUGCGUGUGGAACCUGAUCUGAGCAGCACAACGAUCGCAGAGACCGGCGGGAUGUGGAGUUCGUUUGUGAACUCUGUCGGGAUCGCGCAGAGCGGGGACGUCGCGUUCUCGGCGCGGCGCUCGGCGGACUCGAUCUGGGAGGUGCUGGUUUCUGAUGGGACAUCGACCACGACGAUCGCGAGCGGGGACGACGAGACGAUCGACAACUCGUCUUUGGUUAACUUCCCUCCAGUCGCGAACAGUGAUCGUUGGGUCGCGUUCCGCGCGACUGAUACGACCUUUGACUCCACAGCGCUCUGGGUGGGAGACGGCGAGAAUCUGGUCAAGCUGAUCGAGUUUGAUCAGAUGAUCGAGACCGAUCUUGGACCGCUUCCGUUGGGCUUUGACUUUGGCGGAUUGACGGGCAAGCAGGUUACCAACGGCGUGGUGGACAUCAACGACAACGGACAGGUUGCGUUUGCGGCGUUCUUGCGCAAUGGCACGAUCGGGGUGUUUGUCGCGACGCCAGUGAUGGGAUGUGCACCGGACCUGACUGGGGAAGGGGAUCUCAACUUCCUCGAUGUCUCCGCGUUCCUUGCGGCUUACGGCAACAUGGACUCGAUCGCGGACUUUGAGGCGGAUGGGAGCUUCAACUUUCUGGAUGUCAGCGCGUUUCUCAAAGCAUUCGGAGAAGGGUGUCCGUAA